AUGGCUAAAAAUCUUGAAAGCAUAAUCCUCUUUCUGUUUCCACAGAACAGCGCCAAAGUGGCAGUACUUGGAGCUUCUGGAGGGAUUGGCCAGCCACUUUCCCUUCUACUGAAGAAUAGCCCCUUGGUGCACAACCUCAACCUAUACGAUAUUGCUCACACUCCUGGUGUUGCAGCUGACCUCAGCCACAUUGAGACUAGAGCCAAUGUCAGAGGCUUCCUGGGUCCUGAGCAGUUGCCAGACUGUCUGAAGGGCUGUGAAGUUGCAGUUAUUCCUGCAGGAGUCCCUAGGAAACCAGGUAUGACCCGUGAUGACCUGUUCAAUACCAAUGCCAGCAUUGUUGCUAAUUUGACAGCUGCCUGUGCAAAACACUGUCCAGAAGCCAUCAUCUGUAUUAUUUCUAAUCCAGUAAAUUCUACCAUCCCAAUAACUUCUGAAAUCUUUAAAAAGCAUGGAGUCUAUAAUCCCAACAAAAUUUUUGGUGUUACCACGCUGGAUAUUGUCAGAGCGAAUACUUUUGUGGCUGAACUAAAGGGUUUAGAUCCAGCUCGAGUGAAUGUUCCAGUUGUUGGUGGUCAUGCGGGGAAGACCAUCAUCCCUCUGAUAUCUCAGUGUACCCCAAAAGUGGAGUUUCCUCAAAAUCAGCUGGAAACACUUAUAGGAAGAAUUCAGGAGGCUGGCACCGAAGUUGUCAAAGCGAAAGCAGGAGCAGGAUCUGCUACCUUGUCUAUGGCGUAUGCUGGUGCUCGGUUUGUCUUCUCCAUCUUGGAUGCAAUGAAUGGCAAGGAAGGGGUUAUUGAAUGUUCCUUUGUUAGAUCAGAAGAGACAGAAUGUCCAUACUUCUCCACACCUCUACUGCUUGGGAAAAAUGGAAUUGAGAAGAAUAUGGGCAUUGCAAAGAUCACUCCUUUUGAAGAAAAGAUGGUAGCUGAGGCCAUUUCUGAGCUGAAAGCUUCUAUCAAGAAAGGAGAAGAGUUUGUGAAGAACAUGAAGUGAUGAGUUGAUAGGGAAGAGGAAUUGAGGUUUCCUUAAAUUAUUAUGGCAUCAUGUCACUUUAAAAGACUGCAAAGCCCAAACCUCGAUCGAAGUCACUGAAUUAGCAUAUUCUUUCGAUCUGUUGAUUUGGAAUGUUAAUCAUCAAUAAAACAACCUCGUAUUUUUUUCAUGGUACUCAC